AUGGCCCAGUCAGCCGGUGGCCUCCAUUUCACUUUUGGCUUCCAGUGCUGCCUCCUCUUCCUUCUAAUUCCUUGGGAGGCAGGUGCUACUCCAUUUCAAGAGCUUCAGAAAACUGGUGAAUCCCCAUCUGACCACUUAUUCCCUCUUACUCCAGGCCUUAUUUAUAGUUCUUCCUCUGAUCACAAUCCUCCACAUACAGGACAAAGGCCUCCAGACCUCCCUAAAUCGAUAGAAACCCGUAAGACAAAACACCAGUACAAUACCACACACCCUUCCAAAGCAAUUCACAAAUCUAUAGACAACUCCAAAACUCUAGACAAUGAAAGCUCUGGAAUCCAUCAUAAAGCUCCUCCCAUUUCUGAACAAAACACCAGCAAUCAAGGAAAAGACCCAAUUAUUCGGAAUAGGCGUUCUCUCAGUUCUGACUCCACCAGCCCACUGAAAGGAUCGUCUGAUGAAAAACACCCAACCUCAGCACCCAAGAGAACAACUUGUAAGAUUACAAAAAGUGUAAGAACAAGCAGAGCUAUAACUGUAAGACCUGUAGAUGAAAUCAUCAGUACUUACGAUAUGAAAAGUAUCACCACUCCACAUACGGUCACAAGUCCUUCUCACAGCUCAGUCAAUUCAGAAAUCAGCAAAAAACCUAUAGUGUCCUCAGAUAAUACCACGAAAGCCAUGAUGUCAUCCCAUAAGAUUACAAGAACCCCAGAAAAGUCAGAUGGAGCUGAAGAGUAUAAUACGACAAUUGCCUCAGACAAGCCUCUGACAAAGACUACAAAACACACAAAAGAGACCCUAUCAUCCCAUAAAAUCACCCAAGGAAACCAUGAGAAGAUCACAGGGGCCCAUGGAACACCUACAGAACAUGGGGGAGAGGCCAUAGGGGCCCAUGGCACAGGGGCCCAUGGAACACCUACAGUACAUGGAGGAGAGGCCACAGGGGCCCAUGUAACACCUACAGUACAUGGAGGAGAGGCCACAGGGGCCCAUGAGAAGAUGACACAAGUAUCAGUACAAUCUUCAGAACACCUCAAGAAGACCACCACAUCAACCAUUAAGAAAACCACAAGAUUUUUAGAAAUUUCUACUACACUGACCACUGAGACCAUAAAAUCCCUAAUAAAGUCCACAGAAAAUCCAGAAACGACAGCAACAGUCACACAGACUAUACGAUCUCCAGGAAAGGCCCCAGAAGACAAAUCCUUUACUACUAUCUCCCCUUUUUUAAGGAAAACUGAGGUUACCCAUCAAGAGCCUGUUAGUUCUCUGAUAUUCACUACAUCUGAAGUGGACCUGAGUUCCAUCAUGUCAGAAGCCCCAGGCAACAAGAGCCAUUCACACCAGAAUAAUGAUGGCUCACAGGCAGGUCUCCAUGCAGGAAAGGCAGGGGAGAAUGGUUCAUUUCCUCCAUGGGCCAUCGUUAUUGUGGUCCUGGUGGCUGUGAUUCUUCUGCUGCUGUUCCUUGGCCUCAUAUUCUUGGUCUUCUCUGUGACUCAAACACGCCGUGCACUGACCCAGAACACUGAGAAUGAUGACCCGGAAGACAAUGAGGGCCCAAAUUCGUACCCAGUCUACUUGAUGGAGCAGCAGACUCUUGGCAUGAGUCAAAUCCCUUCCCCACAAUGA